AAUUUUAGCAUCACCAGAUUAAGCUUAAACCAUUUAUCGCUCGGGAAGAUAGUUGUCUUAUAAUAUACUUUCUGGCAGAGAAUUUCUCGUUGACCCCAAACUGCAUUCAUAAAAAUACGAAAAUCUACAAAAACCUUCUGCUUUUCCUAACUUUAAGCAAUAUGGAAGCUAGUUUAGUUCAAGCGCUGCAUCAACUGGAAUCAGACGAUAUCGAAGUAGUAUCAAAUACAAAAGGACUUGUGAUUAAUGCAUUAAAAACAAGCAAGUUUUCAAUUUUAAUUAAAGAUCCAGGUUGGCUUGUAUACAGCCUUAUAGAAAUAUAUGUAACUGAGAAAGGUGCUGAAAAUUGCAUGGAAGUUUUAGCAAAGAUCGAAGAGCCAAAUGAUAAGCUAUUCUUCGAAAAACUUAAUGAAUUCUUAAAGAACCAACAGUAUCGGUAUAGAGCACUUCUUCUAUUAGGUUGUAUUGUUACAAAACAACCCUUAUGGUUAGGAAAAAUUGUUCGCUGCAACACAUUCAAGGCCAUUCUUCAAAUAUUGAAAACUGACGCAUCGAAUGUACCUGUUCUGCUUACUGCUGCUUUGGACUUGUGUAUAAUUCUUCCAUCUGUUGCUGCGCCAGUUGCUAAUCAUCUACAAGAAAUAUUUGAUGUAUUUAUAAAGUUUGCCAAUUUUGUGCAUGCUCUACCAGGGAACAACGCCAAAGCUUAUGCUUCACAUGCGCAAAUUACACUAUUUUCCUUAUUUAAUACGUUGUAUGGAAUGUUUCCUUGUCAUUUUUUAGCCUAUCUGAGAAACACCUAUCCUCGGACAAGUGAUAAAGGAGUUUUUAAAAAUGUUAUAGAUCCUUUACUUAAGCACAUUAAAUUACAUCCGCUCCUUAUAACAUCCUCUCUAGAUGAAGAAUUAAGUAAAGAAAGACUAGGAAAAAGAGAAGUUCAGGAUAUAGUGGCAGAAUGCAGCCAAUUAACUGUAGAACUACCUUCAACAUGCCACAUUCGUCGUGAAGAAGAGCAAAUUCCAAAUAAUCCUAAUUUAGAUCGUUACGGUGUUAGAAAACUAAAGGAAGAGUUAAAAUUCGAAAGGAAAAAAUCAAGUUCUCCUUCCCUUGUAGAUAGCGCUGCCAGUUCUUUACAAACUGAUGAACAAACUCCUCUUGAAAGAAGUAUUGGUUUACCAAGCACAAGUACAUGCCAAGAUUUGGAAAUAGUAGCUGAAAAAUUACAGUUUGUUGCCAAGCAGUCUAUUGAUCAGGAAUUAACAAACUCACCCUUUCCUCUUUCCUCUAAUGAUUUGGAUGAAGAAGAAACACCUGAUUGUGUUCCAACGGUAAUGAAAAGAGAGCAAUAUGAAGAAGCUGAAGAUGUUAAAGAGCUUAUGCUGACUUUAAAUCGUAUCCGAUUUGAUUCAAUACCUUCAGCUUCAUCUUCGUAUACUAAAGAUAUCAUGAACAAUGGGCAAAUGGCAAAAUUACAAAAGUGUAAUAGUUGCCCGUCAAUUCCUCCAUUAGAAGAGGAAAAACCGAAUCAAGAACUUGAAGAAACUCCUACUAAUGUUAAAGAUGCUUGCGUGCAAACAUCAAACUUUAUCGAAAAUUGGGAAAUGAGUUUAAAAUAUCCAUUUGUACUACCAUCUAGUAAUGAAAACAAUAUUCAUAAUUCUACACCCCUUCCGGACUUAUUAAAAGAACAUCUACAAUUAGGAUCGGAAGUUUCAUCGAGAAAGUUUGGAAACGUACCACUCCCUGGUCAAUCUAAUGUUAGUUGGACACAUUUUGGAGGUGUGGCACCGGCCGAUGAGGUUCGUACUACAUGA